UAGAGAGUAAAGUUUAGGGCAAAAAAAUAUUUGGUUGAGUGUCUUGUUUUUCUUUUCCCCAAUUCCCCGCAAGGAACCACUCGCUCUCUCUCCCGUCUUUCUCUCAGAUCGCUGCUAACUCAAUCUCUCUGCCUACCUCCGUAGCCGCCUCUGGCUCUCUUUCUCCAUCACUGCCUCCUUUAAAGGAUAAUUGUCUGAGUUGGCAGAGUCACCCAUCAAAUAUUGUUUGUGAACGUGAGGAGAUAUGGAAGAUGUUUUAACUGAUAUUCCCCCACCCUCAAGGUUUUAUGAGGAAGAUCUCUAUAACUUUACACCUCCCUUGCCACCUAUUCCUUCUCCAUUCCUUUUGUUUUCUAAUCUUAAGCCAAAUGAGCCGCUUCGCCCAACUCUUCUCAUCAUUGCCUUGUCUUCCCCUUCGCUCUAUGUUUUCCACCAUCUACCUUCUAAGGUGCUAAUUGGAAGUCUUACCCUGCCCGAGAUACCCUUCUCUGGAAAUUCCAUUGAGCCUUCUCUUCGAGACAAGUCCUGCAACAUCUAUGCCAUUGGUGACAAGAACAACUCAGUUCUUGUUGUCUCUGUUCAGUGCCCUGUUGCUGUUGAGAGGUCUCACCUUGUUGCUAAGGUGUUGAUCAGUGAACAGAUUAUUCCUGAAAGGGUAUUGGUUUUUGAUUCUAUUCAGCGCCAGAACUUUCGAGGCAGGCUUUUGCCUGAUGAACCAUUUGCUUUCAAGCUGGUGACAUCACUAGAAAGGAAAGAUCCGAGUGAUAGCCGUGCCCUGAAAGGCUUAGAUUAUCUUCCAUCAGGAAGUCUAGUGGAUGGGCUGGGUGCAGCCCUCUUGGCUAGAUGCCAGAUGAAGAGCAUCAAGGGAACACUUUGUGUUGGAUGGCCUGAAGUUGGUGGUGUUGCAGUUACCCUGGUUAAGUCUCUACUCAAAAGUGUAUUGCCUAGCUUAGAUAUAAACAUACAUGAGGAUAAAGAUUCAUGGUGCAGCCAGAAUAGGGAUCAUCAUUUUAAUUCUAAUAUGUAUACCUGAACAAUUAGGUUUUGAGUGAAAACACCUUCUUUUAAUCAUCAUUUUCUAGUGGAGUUGUGAAUUUUUGGUUUAUCAUUUUGGUUACUAGAUUGUUGUACUGUCAAUGAAAUGAUGUUUUUGUUCUUA